UUCAUUCGUUUUUCAUUCAACAACUUUUCGAUUAUGAACUCAUCCCUUCUGCUAAAACAAUAUCCAUUUGACUUAGCUUAUUGGGCUAAGGUCAUCUAUUGAAAGAUACAUAUUUUGUUCUAGCUUUUUUUUUUCACGAUUUCCUCUUAUUUUCUGCACAAAAUUUGCAUAUGCUUUUCUUAUGAAUUAUUUAUUUUUCAUUUACAUAUAACCCUUAAAGAAACCUCAAAAUUAAACAUUUUAAUUAUGUAAAAUUAAAUUAAUAUAUAUACCAUAUUACUUAAGAUUUUAUUUUUUCAAAACUUAUUAACAUAUUACAAAUUAUAAAAAUGCAUGAUCUCCAACGAAAAUCAUGUUAUUGGUUCAUACGCAAUUUAUUUCAAUCAUUGCUUGUCGGACCCAAAUAGUUAAUCGGACUUUAGCAACUAGACAAUGAUAAGUGUAAGAAGGUUUGAGACAUGCAGACGAGAGCGAUUAAAACUGCAACCAUCUUCAUGAAUUUGGCGGCCGCUUGCCUUCUGAUUGUCCUUGGCAUAAUCAUUAUGUCUAUGUCGUUCAGAACACAGAACAUGUUCAUGUUGUGUUGGUGGGUUUCUACUAGUGGUUGCAGGUUUGGGUCUCUCCUACUUCUAUGUAGCUCCCGUCAGAAAGACAUUCAAGAUAGUAGGAUUUGAUCUCACAGGUACAGCUGCCACAGCAGCACACCCAUCCGGUUCAGGACGGUGACUUUACCACCUAGACAAUGACUUUAGCUCACAAAACUCGGUGUUGUGACAUGGAUGUCAGAGUGUGUAGUCAAAGCUAUCCAAUCUCUCUCCUUUUGCUCUCUUAUGAGCUUUCUUAGCUAUGAGUGUAACAUCAGGUGUUCCAGGCAUUUUAGCUGCACUUGGUUUAGCUUACAACACCAUUCUUAUUGAACUCACCAGAAGUUGGUAUUGAAACCAUUUUGCAACUAGAGAAUCAGACAAUCUUAUAAACAAAAUUUGAUGAGGCCAUGAGAGGGUGGUUUGUUAAAAGAUAAACUAUGGCGAUAGAAAUAGAGAAGUGAGGAACAUGAUUUGAAUGUCUAACUUAACAAUAAUAACUCUUAAGUAAGCUAGCUCCACAAGCAUCACUCUCUUAUGUUAGUAUGUGUCGUUCAGACAUGAUGAUGAUUCGUUUGUACUUAAGCAUGUAAACGGAGAAACGUCAAACAGAAAAAUAAAUUCAAUCUCCUUUGUUGUCCGGUGAAAACUGGGAAUUAACAAUAACAUGAUAGGACAACGAUGGAGAGUUACACUCUCCAUCCCCUCUCAACCACCGCCGCUUCUUCACCACUCUCUUAUCUCUCUCCGCCGUUCAUCUUCAAGAUUAUUAUCACUUGCUCACCCUUCGAUCUCUCUCUACACCUCAUCCUCAACCGUCCGAUCACUCUCCAUCUCCUCUCCUCGAGUCACUCUAAGCGCCACCGCCCCGUCCUCGCCGGAGAAACAGAGCAAUCCUCAAAAGAAUAGAAAAACUAUUCACUAGUUCUCUUCAUGGCUGAGGACAAAAGAUCUUUCUUCUUUGCUGACAUACUACAAAGUUUGAACUCUUAGUUCGCAGUUUCUUCUGACUCAAGGAAUCAACCCAUGGUACAUUAUUUCAAUUCUUUCUCAUGAAAAAGAUGUGCCGUAGAGAAUAAGAUCAACCAACAGACUUUCUUUCUCUCUUUUCCUCUAAUAACAACAGAGAAGAGAGAAGAGAACCUAAACUCCCCAAACAAGAAAAACCACAAAAUGCCCUUAAUCCAAGAGCAAAGAAGAGGACAUAGAAGAGGAAGGAAGGGCUGUUAAGUAAAUUUCAUGGAGAGUACAAGAUAGAGAGGGCUGUCUAAGGACUGUAUGCUUGUGUGGUAAUGGUUUGGUUUGAAGAUUUUAGAAGGGUCCAUGUGGAUCAGACACAUCUUUAGGCCUAAACAAAUAAUUCCAAAAUGAAGUAGACACAUCUUUUCACCAUCUAAGUAAGUUUAUAAACCCUUUUAUACACACUUCCAAAAAAUAUAUAUAUUGGAAUUGGUAAUCUUCCAUUUUUAAUAUAAAUAACAAAAAAGAAGGAAAGAGCUUAAUUAAUCAAUUUUUACAAAUUUAGCAAUUUGCCAAAAUAGCUUGUUACACAACCCUACUUACCUUGUUACACAAGAUCGUACAUAAAACCUAACUUCUUUCUCCCAAACCACCUUACAAUUAAUUACACCGCUUCUCACGGAGUUGCAUGCAGCUGGCGUAUCAAUGUCUAUGCAAGGCCCUAUAGUCCCCACAGACAUAUUUACUUGGAGAAGAAAUCACCAAAAGUGAAGGCAAAGUUAAAGAUUGAUGUCAAAAGCAGAGAAAGAAGGAGGAAGAAGCAGAAGAUGCAGGCGUUUCAACAGGGUAAACAGAAGUCAAAGGCCAGCAAGAACUCCGAGAGUCGCAACAUAUUUUAUUCUGGAUUCAGUUUGUAUAAAUAUACUUUUUUCAGAUAAGGAACGAUUAAGAAACUUAACUGCCUCAGAAUUGGAUUAGAGGUUGAUCACUUGUAGGCAGAUUCAAUACUAGCUAGUAGUUAGCUGGGCACAUUUAUCCGGAACUGAGGAACCGAACCGAAAAAAUCGAAACAUAGCACCAAAAACUGACACGAUUAGUUUUUUUAAUGUAGUAAUGUUUAACUAAUUAAAAGUCAGAUUAGCUUCAAAAGUUAAUGUAGGUGUUAACGCAAGAACCGUUCAAAACCAAAAUGUGUUUGUUCUGCUUCUCUUGAUGCUAGAAACAUGGCACCAACUCUCUCUCUCUCUCUCUCUUUCUCUCUUCUAUCAUUUCCUUUUGACCCCUUUCUUGCUUUCUCUGAACAUAUAGACAUGAAGGAAUCAAGAAGAAUCAGAUUUUGUUUCUCAUUCUUAUUCUUCAUCUUGAUCAUCUCUUGGGGGAUUUCACCAGUAUCUUCAGAUGAGGGUGUCGCCAGGAAAGAAGAGAAUCCGUCUUCGCUUUUAAAGAUCAUAUGUGGGAUUUUUGGCAAGAAGUUUCCACCAAGUUCUUGGGAAUUGAUUCAAAGCGCAAUGCAGAAGAUCCAGAUGAAGCUUUACCCUCCAAAUCUUGAUUUCAGAAGCAACAGCGACAAAAACAACAAGGACAGAGAAGGAGGAGAAGAUAAAGGAGAGAAAGUGAAAGAGGCGGCGACAAGGAGCCUUGAAGUAAGCAAAGAAGCUAUUGAAGAGUCUGCAAAACUAGCAGGUGGUGUUGUAGGAGAAGUAGUUCACAAAACAGCUGAGAAAGUCACCAAACAAAGCUCACAUGAUGAAAUGUAAUCACUGAUAAUGUUAGUAAACAAUUCAGAUUCAAAUACCAUUUGCCAUUUCAAAAGGAACCAAUCAUAGCGUUAAAUGUAGACAGGCUUUGGCGGAAGAAGAACUAAAU